GCUGCCGAGCCCCCUAAGCUGAGCAAGCACAAGUUCCAGCCCAUGCCGCUGCAAGUGCUGACAAGCGACGAGCUUGCGGGCAGCCUGCGGCGCCUCAAGCCCACCACGAUGCUAGCCAAGGAUAGGUUCAAAAGCCUGCAGAAGCGCGCGCUGAUCGAGCCACGGCGCAAGAUUGAGCAGAAGAAGCAGGGCAAG